GCGAGCAGCUCGUCAGGUCCAACAGCACAAGCAGUAGAUCUGGGGGGGGAAGAAAAGAGGAGACGUAGCUACGAGCCGCUCAAGCGCUCUUUAUGUUCUUUUAAAUUCUUCUUUUACGGGUGUUUAUCGUUUAAACUGACACGGUGUCUGCCGACACUCUUUUCCCGCGCCCCCCGCCCCUGCACUCUCUCAGAAACCGAAAAUGAGCGGCAGCGGGCGGCCCAGGACCAGCUCGUUCGCUGAGCCUCCGGGGGCUCCGGGAGCCGGCGCGGCCGCAGCCGGAUCGGCCGUGGCCGGUGGGAGCGCUGCGGGUAAGUCCGGGGCUGCACAGGCCUCCGGCGCUAGCUCGGCCGGCUUCGGGAACCUGAAGCUCAGCAGGGACAGUGGUAAGGUGACCACAGUGGUAGCCACACCUGGGCAAGGUCCAGAUCGUCCUCAGGAAGUGUCCUAUACGGACAUUAAGGUGAUUGGGAACGGCUCAUUUGGAGUGGUGUAUCAGGCCCGGCUCAUCGACAGCCAGGAGAUGGUGGCAAUCAAGAAGGUUCUGCAGGACAAGAGGUUUAAGAACCGAGAACUACAGAUCAUGCGGAAGCUGGACCACUGCAACAUUGUUAGGCUACGUUACUUCUUCUACUCCAGCGGAGAGAAGAAAGAUGAAGUGUAUCUGAAUCUGGUGCUGGAUUAUGUACCAGAGACCGUGUACAGGGUGGCGCGCCACUUCAACAAGGCCAAGACCACCAUACCCAUCAUCUACGUCAAAGUGUAUAUGUAUCAGUUAUUUCGCAGUCUGGCGUAUAUUCAUUCCCAAGGCGUCUGCCACAGAGACAUCAAACCACAGAACCUGCUGGUGGACCCAGACACAGCUGUGCUCAAGCUGUGUGAUUUCGGCAGCGCGAAGCAGUUGGUGCGCGGCGAGCCGAACGUUUCGUACAUCUGUUCACGGUACUACCGUGCACCAGAGCUCAUCUUCGGAGCCACAGAUUACACCUCCAACAUUGAUAUCUGGUCAGCUGGCUGCGUAUUGGCCGAGCUGUUGCUGGGGCAACCCAUUUUCCCUGGUGACAGUGGGGUUGACCAGCUAGUUGAAAUCAUUAAGGUUUUGGGAACGCCUACGAGAGAACAGAUCCGGGAAAUGAAUCCCAACUACACAGAGUUCAAGUUCCCUCAGAUCAAAGCGCAUCCCUGGACUAAGGUGUUUAAGCCCAGGACGCCCCCAGAGGCCAUCUCAUUGUGUUCUCGUCUCCUGGAGUACACGCCGGUGACGCGCCUCUCUCCGCUGGAGGCCUGCGCCCACGCCUUCUUCGACGAGCUGCGCCAGCCCAAUGCCCGCCUGCCCAGCGGCCGAGAACUGCCCAUGCUUUUCAAUUUCAGCCCUGUGGAGCUGUCUAUCCAGCCGCAGUUGAACUCCACUCUCAUUCCUCCUCACGCUCGCUCGCAGACGACAUCUGCCUCACACGAAGGCGUUGUGUCGGACAGUCCAGCGCAGUCCAGCUCGGCACCAGGAGCCCUGAGCAACAGCACCUGAGCGUUCCCUCUGUGUUACAGCACCGCUCUGCCCAUUUUCUUAUCCUUCUCCUCUCUCCUCCUGUCUCCCAGCCCUCAGUCCUGCUUUCUUCAAGCUCCAAAGCCAGUCUUUCUUAAUCACUUCUGCCCACAAACCGGCCCCGUCUCCGGGCCCUCCGGUCACCGCUCUGUCCUUUUUCACAGAAGCAUGUUUUUAAUCUGUCUGUUUUUGUUUUGCUUCCGUUUUUGUUUAUGGGAUUAUUGCCGAUGAGGUUUGUGUGCUCAAAGCAAAGAAUGGUUCUUUUGAGGCAUUGCUGACCCCUAGUGGCAGGAGGAGCAAAGCACAGUUAACUGCUCUCGUUGCUCUUUCUCUCUGGAGGUCCACCCCCUUUUUUUUCUUUUUUUUUAAUGACCUUUUAGAAGAGUUUACACCUCAGUCAUCCACAGAAUGCGGUUGUAAUCUUUCAUUUUAGUUUGCUUUUAAAAUUGAAUCAAUUUUAGUGUUACGUUUUUUCCCUUUCUUUCUUAAACGAGACCACGUCAUCGAGAGGAGUGUGGAGUGUUUUUACGAAGCCUCGAGGUUGAGAGCAGUCCGUAUGUGUGCUGCUUUUGCACAUUUUUUUUUUUUUUUUGGUCAGGAAUAAGCAGGAAGAGCGUGUUAGGUAGUGUCUUUGUGGGGGUUUUUUUCUACAUGAACACAAGCUACAGCUUUUUCUUCCUCUCACUCUGUCAGUGAUGAGAAAGGGCUCCUCAUAAAACUGGGUACCAAGCAGUAGAAGUAGCAAAUCACACAAUGAAAGAUUUGAAGCUUUUUUUUUUUUCAGCCUGAUCUCCAUCUGCUGCGUCAGUGGCGUACGGUCAGUUACCGCAGACCACAAUUUCAACGAGUGUCCGAGUGCUUGGAAAAGAGCGGGAAACGUGGUGACUUGGGCUUCGUUCACAUUACCAGGUUGAGGUGGCUCAGAUCUGCUGUUUCCAGGGCUGUGUGGACACAUUUGACCUGAGCCACUUUCAUAUGUGGUCCUAUGUUGGAUACGUACGACCUCAGAUCAGAAUUCGCAUGCUUUUUUUCCCCCCACGCUAUCAUUCAGCGUUACCAUGGCAACAGUGCCGAACAGACGUUAAAGCCUGUAAACGGUUGAAAAGCAGCUCGUCUCACCUUUUUCCUCCUCCGUCUGGCUCUAAUAAUGAAGCUGAGAGCUGAUCAGAGUUAAUGAUCUUCUCAGCGAAGCUCGUUCUGCUCGUUAGUUUGUGCUGAUGAUGCAGUGGUUCAGUCGCGUGACGUUGCCGAGUAGGAGGAGCCGGUUCGUCACAUUUAAUGACUGAUUUGAAUCACUUGCAUAAACAAGUGUGGACCAUCGAGUCAGAGACAUCGGAUUAGAGCAGAAAAUCGGAUUUGAGCGACGAGGCUUGUAAUGUGAACGUAGCCUUCAACUCGCAGGCGGAGUCGCUGCUGUUGCUGAAUUUGCCCCAAACUUAAAAACGACAAAUGUCAUUCUUUAACAGUACAAGUCUUAGGAUGAGACGGACUGAGAGAACGUACUCCAGAACAACACCGUACAAAAUGGGUUCCGAUUCCUUCUCUGAUGCCUGUGGAGAUGUACGCCACUAUGCUGCUAAUGAAUUACUGCACGUUUUUCCACCUCUAGUCCAUCCAUCCACGGUAGAGCCACUGUGUACAGCAACUGCCCGUUGACUUCUGUUAUAAAGGUGUUGCGAGUCAACAGCAAAUGGAGAUCUGGUUGAAAAAUGCUGAAGUCGUGCUUUAAAGGAUGCUGGUCCAGGAUCAACAUCUUGGCAAAUGCAAUCACAUAAAAGGUGGAGACCGCUGAGCCCAGAGCAGCUCCGAGACGCUCGAACCCUUUACUCAUUUCGUGGUCUGCUCAGGUGAGAAGGGUCCCGUUUCACGUUCUUCAUGCUCUCACGCACAUUUCGUCAGUUUUCUGUACGUUUUGUAUGGAAAUGCAGCUUUAAUUUGCUUCGAAGGCAUCGCUGUGUCCUCAGAGGUUCAUCUGGACAUUGAAUCCAGUUUGUGGUGUGGUACCUCCUACCGAGCUGCUCCGCUGGGCGUCAUAGAUGCUGUUCCAUUUGGUUGACGUCACCCGUGUGGUUACCUACACUGCCGUAUAAUGGUAGCAGAGAGCAGCAGUGUUGGCGCCAUACGCAGCCUGUGAUCAAACAUUGCCAUAUUUUGUGCAUUUCGCAUUCUGUAGUUAUACCUGAAAUGUAUACGCUCAAUACGGCCGUGUGCAAAAGUUUUGGCACCCCUGGUCAAACGACUUUAAAAAAAAAUUUUUUUUUUUAGGUGGAAAGUCUCUACAGAGAGCACAUUCAUGCGCAUAUUACUACAUGAUUAUUGUUUUAUUUAACAUAUAAAAAUAAAAAAAUAAACCCACAAAAAGUGACCUGUGCAGAAGUUACGGCACACUUUCUAUUUUAUAUUGGAACGUGUUAAAAAUUGUGCACUGAAACUUGCGGAAAUGUUUGUGCUCUCUGUGCAGGAUGUUCUUAUUUUCACGAUCAAAAUCAAAAUAUUACUGAUUCACAAUGAACACGGUGUCACCUGACUGGGCGCUGUUCCAACUUUUGCACGUGACCUUAUAGCUGUGCAACCUAAACGGAUCAUCUCCAGAAGUAUUUCACAGCGUGAGGAGCUCUGAUGGUGGUACAGUAGCUAAACACACGAGGAUAUAAGCAGCUGGCCAGCCGGGUGGUUUGCCCUAGUCACUCUGUUACAGGGGUGCCCAAACCUUUUUUUUUUGCCUUUGUGGUGGAAAUAAAAGAAAGUAAGUCGUUUUCAAAUUGACUUUUUAGAUUGUUUGUUUGUUUUUCUAGAUUAAUUGCAGAACGUUGCACUAUUUUGUAAUGAAAAUAAAAAAGAAAUACAAUUAACUAAAGGCAAAGUGAGCAUUUAAUGAAUUAAAUUAAAUAAAAUAAUGUCCAAAAAAAGGAAAAAAAGCACGUUUCUGCUUUUAUUCAGUGACGUUUUACAUUCAGUUCAGUUGUUUGUUUUAGUUUGGUUAGAGAGAGCGGGAUUAGGGUCAUCUAACCACGGUUUGGGCCGUCCUGCUCUGUUACCACUCUAAAUUUAGUGACUAUAAAUAAUAUGGCAUUAAAUAAGGUGAAACACUUUCUCAGUGGUUAAACAGCACCGCAGGACCAUCUAAAUGACGCCGGGGCUGAAGCGCUCCGUGGAGGACCACCACAGUCACCACAUUAGAUUUUGUAUUGACUGGUAUGUGGCCAUCAGUUCAAGUUUACCUCCAACAAAAACAAAAUCCAGGGCCGGAAUCUGGAUUCAGGAUCCGGAUUCGAAGAUGUCUGUAUGCCUUUGCCACUUCAUUCCAUUCAGUUCCUUCGUCCGUGGGAGUGCGUGCGUGUGUGCGUGCGCGUUUCAUUAGGGUUAGGAAACGUAUACGUGUUUAAACGGCUGCUGAUCUGUGAAUCUAUAUCAUUGUAAGUAUCAUAGAGAUACAAACAAGCACGCGCGCGCACACCGAUCCCCCCCCGACCCCCGUCACCGGACUGAAACCCACUUUAGCAGAUGGGAAUUUUUGCAUUUGGAGCCUUUUCUCCUCCCCUCUUUCCCUCCGUCCCUCUAUCCAUCCUCCUCUCACCGCUAAGAUGUAAAUACCAUGUACCUUCUACUCUUUUUGUUAUUUUUUUUGUUAUUAUUGUUAUUCUAUUGUUCUUGUAACUUGAUUUUUUUUCUAGUGGAGUAGUGCUGGUUCAGGUAGUGACCAGCCUCUCUCUCUCUCCCAUCUCUCUCUCGUUCUCUGUGUCUCUCUCUCUCUCUCUCUCUCUCUCUCUCUCUCUCUCUCUCUCUCUCUCUCUCUCUCUCUCUCUCUCUCUCUCUCUCUCUCUCUCUCUCUCUCUCUCUCUCUCUCUCUCUCCCUCCCUCUCUCUCUGCCCGCCUCACCUCCUCAACUCUCUCUGCUGUACAUAACAUUUCAACGUGCCCCCCUUUGCCUAUGGAGGGGGGGGAACUGAACAAAAUGAGUCUCUCUCUCUCUCUCUCUCUCUCUCUCUCUCUCUCUCUCUCUCUCUCUCUCUCUCUCUCUCUCUCUCUCUCUCUCUCUCUCUCUCUCUCUCGUCCAUGUGCUCGCUCCCCUCCUCAUUAAUGUUAUUUUGAUUAUUUUAUUUAUUGUAUUGCUACAGUGUUUUUUGUUUGUUUGUUUUUAAUCUGAUGGGGAAGAGAGCCGACUGUCUGUGGCCUGUCAUCAGAUAAACAUUCAUUUCCCAAACUUGAUAUUAUCUUGGAAAAAGUGCUGGACAUUAUUAAUCCACUGUCCAGGCCACUCCAGGAGUCUAGUCGUGUAGAAUGUUCUGGAAGGUGCAGGCACACAAGCGUAGGGUGGAAAAACGCCUCGUCUGGGGAUGAACGGAUGGGUCACGGGAGGGAGAGGGAGAGAGAAACUGUGUUUUUGUUUGUUGGUAUAAAUAAUUAAGCUCAUUAAUAAAGUGAUGAAAAGUG